CCAAAUAGAGUCUAAUAUUAUGUACCCAUCGGUACUGUAUAAAUAAAAUUUUAUUUCUUUUCAUCUCCCGUCUAAAUUAGAGGGCUUGCAUUUUGAUCGAAACCAAUCGAACAAGGCAACAAGAUCUAUCCAACCAAACUAGUUGAUGGGAGAUUAGGUUCAUUUCAGUUAAAAUUAUUUGAUUCUAAAAUUAAAUUAAAUUUGGUAUAAUGUGGAUCUUCCCUUGGUAGGGUAAAGUGUUAAGCAAAAUUACCCUCAAUAGCCUGAUUUUAAUUUAGGCCUUCAAGAAAUACACGUCUGUUUGCCUUCUCCAGCUGAUAAAACCACAGUGAACGUCUAAUCUAUUGAUCCUUUCAAUGCCCAUAAGCCCACCAUCUCAACCAAAUUUAAGCUUCAAUUCCACUGUCCUCCGCCACCCCCAAUAGCCCUGUUUCUUCCACUGUGACCGCCGACGGAGUCAUCACCACGGACACUACCACUCAAAAGUUAGCUUCUGCUUCACGGCAAAACCAACAAAUUGUCAGCGGCAAACGCCUUAGAAGACCAAUCCUGAUGCUUCCCAUUUCCCAUGACGCAUCAUCCGAACAACCCGCAAAUCCAAAACCCCAAAACCCAGAAGUCUUAUAUCGUAAAAAUUUGUUCAACACACUAAAACCUUACCUCCCUUUCCGCCACUGUCGCUUAUGGUUUUUCCUCGCCGUCCUCCUCCAGCUCCUCCUCCUCCUUUACGCCCCGUCUAUCCUCUUGUCCCUCUCCGCAGCCAGCACUCCAAACCCUUCCCCCACUAUACAAAACCUUACUUCCUCCUCCACCGCCGCAACAACAAUUAUUCCCACUAAUAAUAAUAAUAAUAAUAAUAAUCCCACAACCUCUGGAAGCUGCCCAUAUGGUGAAGUUUACAUUUACAACCUCCCGCCACUUUUUAACUCUGAGAUAGUGAAAAAUUGCCAUGAUUUGAACCCAUGGAAUUCACGCUGCGACGCUCUUUCGAAUUCGGGUUUUGGCAAAACCGCCACCGGGAUUUCAAAGGUUGUCCCGGAAAAUAUAAGCCCUGCAUGGUUUUGGACCGACCAAUUCUCGACGGAGCUAAUUUACCACAAUCGCAUGAUGAAUUACCGGUGUAGAACCUUGGAAGCAGAAUCUGCUACUGCUUUUUACAUUCCGUUUUACACUGGACUCGCGAUCGAGAAGUAUUUAUUCACCAGCAAUUCCACAGCACAAGAACGCGAUCAGCACUGCAAGAUGAUGUUGGAUUGGGUAAGUGAUCAGCGCUACUUCAAGAAAUCAUAUUGCUGGGAUCAUUUUAUCUCCAUGGGCCGGAUUUCAUGGGAUUUUCGCAGAUCGAAGGAGGAAGAUUGGGGUUCAAGUUGCAUUUACAUGCCCAAAAUGCGUAACAUCACGCGGCUGUUGAUUGAGCGGAACCCUUGGGACUACUUCGACGUUGGAAUCCCUUACCCCACAGGAUUCCACCCCAGCUCCGCCCAUGACGUCAUCAAUUGGCAAGAAUUUGUCCGCUCACGGCGGCGGAACACCCUCUUUUGCUUUGCCGGCGCAACAAGGGGAAUUAUAAAGAACGAUUUCCGGGGGAUUUUACUGAGUCAAUGCUAUGACGAGUCAGACUCAUGCAGAGUCGUGGACUGUGCCGGGUCAAAGUGCGCAAACGGUACGUCGGAAAUUUUAUCCACAUUUCUUGACUCGGAUUUUUGCUUGCAGCCAAGAGGGGAUAGUUUCACUCGGCGGUCCAUUUUUGACUGCAUGGUGGCCGGUUCAAUCCCGGUUUUCUUCUGGCACCGGUCUGCUUACGUUCAGUAUGAGUGGUUCCUGCCGACCGAACCGGAAAGUUACUCGGUUUUCGUUGACAGGAAUGAGGUGAAAAAUGGGACCUCAAUAAAGAGUGUUCUUGAAAAAAUUAGCAAAGAAAAAGUGAAAAAAAUGAGAGAAAAAGUCGUUGAAGUAAUACCAAAAAUUGUGUAUGCAAAGCCCAAUGAAGGAUUGGAGGGCAUAAAGGAUGCAUUUGAUGUGGCUGUGGAAGGGGUAUUGAGAAGAAUUAAGGAACGCAAAGAAGGGUAUAAAUGGAAAUAAAAAAUAGUUGAAUUUUGUGAAUUAUUAAGAUUGGUAAUCAUUUUUUGGAUGUUACUUACACUUAUUUUAUGUAUUUGUAAACACAUUUAUACAAAUUACGAUAAAAAAUAAAUGAGUUUUUCCUUCUUA